CAAAAAACAGUCUUGAAAAAGGACCCAUCCUUAGCCCUUUCCCUGCUGUGUCUAUUCAGGUAUAAACCCGCGUGUGAAGUCGGGACGUUUUAUGAAAAUUCUCCCCGAUUACGAGCACAUGGAGUACAGAGAUGUGUACACCUGCCUGCUUCACCGGUACAGACACAUUCUGGGACUGUGGCAGCCGGACAUCGGGCCCUACGGGGGACUCCUGAACGUGGUGGUGGACGGCCUGUUCAUCAUCGGCUGGAUGUACCUGCCCCCCCAUGACCCGCAUGUGGAUGACCCGAUGAGAUUCAAGCCUCUCUUCAGAAUCCACUUGAUGGAGAGGAAGUCUGCCACGGUGGAGUGCAUGUACGGCCACAAAGGGCCCCACAACGGCCACAUCCAGAUUGUGAAGAAGGACGAGUUCUCCACCAAGUGCAACCAGACGGACCACCACAGGAUGUCUGGCGGGAGGCAGGAGGAAUUUCGGACGUGGCUGAGGGAGGAGUGGGGGCGCACGCUGGAGGACAUCUUCCACGAGCACAUGCAGGAGCUGAUCCUGAUGAAGUUCAUCUACACCAGCCAGUACGACAACUGUCUGACCUACCGCCGCAUCUACCUGCCGCCCAGCCGCCCGGACGACCUCAUCAAGCCCGGCCUGUUCAAGGGCACCUACGGCAGCCACGGCCUGGAGAUCGUGAUGCUCAGCUUCCACGGCCGGCGCGCCAGGGGCACCAAGAUCACGGGCGACCCCAACAUCCCCGCUGGGCAGCAGACGGUGGAGAUCGACCUGAGGCACCGUAUCCAGCUGCCCGAUGUGGAGAACCUCCGCAACUUCAACGAGCUCUCGCGCAUCGUCCUGGAGGUCCGAGAGCGGGUGCGCCAGGAGCAGCAGGAAGGUGGGCGAGAGGCAGGCGAGGGCCACGGCCAGCAGGGCUCCCAGGAGCCACCGCCGCCCGGUGGGGAGCUGGACGGGGCACCUGCUGAGGACGGCGGGGAGCCUGGGGACGCGGCAGCCGCGGUUGAGCAGCCCGCCCAGUCCGGGCAGGGGCAGCCGUUUGUGCUGCCGGUCGGCGUGAGCUCGAGGAACGAGGACUAUCCCCGCACCUGCAGGAUGUGUUUCUACGGCACCGGCCUCAUCGCUGGCCAUGGCUUCACCAGUCCCGAACGCACCCCUGGGGUCUUCAUUCUCUUUGACGAGGACCGCUUCGGGUUCGUCUGGCUGGAGCUGAAAUCCUUCAGCCUGUACAGCCGGGUCCAGGCCACCUUCCGGAACGCAGACGCGCCGUCCCCGCAGGCCUUCGACGAGAUGCUCAAGAACAUUCAGGCCCUCACCUCCUGACCGGCCACAGCUCUGUGCACGUCCUGGCGGCCCCAGGGCUUUGGACUCGACCUGUGAAUAGAAGCAGCAUGCACUUUGGAGACGCGGCCUUCCCGCCGGAACGCACGCCUCCCGUCGGGCCCAGCCCAGCCGCCCGGAACGCUUGGCAUAGGGCGUGUGACACACGCUGCGUGUCUGUCAGUACCGCGAUGGAAAAGCUGAGCAUGACUUGCCAAAAAAAACAAAAGAACAAUGAACUAGAGUAACUCAGAUCUCGGGAUGGCUGCAGGGCACGUGAGAGUCCAAGUGGCGAAGUCGUGCAUGUCCUCGGCUCGUGGGUGGUUUUCCAGGGAAAACACGAUCCUCCUUCAAAGAGUCCUUUCCGCGAGAGCAGGUAAGGCAGGUUGUGUGGGGAACGUGCCUGCCCCACCCUGUCUCCUCUGGAUGGAGCCAGCAGAAGUGGCCCCGCGCGGGGGUCAGGAAGAGGCAGAUGGUGCAGGCCGGGCAGGUGGCUGGGGACCAUGCGGAGAAGGAGCUCCUGGAAGCCAGUGGAGGGUCAGGCUGGGGUGGGGACCCGGGAUCGAAUUCCCGCUUCUCUUUACUCACGUGGAUUUUCGACAAAAGCAUUUCAUCCCAACCUCAGUUUCCCUGCCAGUGAAAUGGGGUUAGUGACACGGGUCACUAGUGACUGUCACUUGUGCCUGCCCCGGCCACGAGUUCUAGCGUGGAACCAAGGCCGUGUUCUGGCCACGUGACUGCCGCAGCGGCCUGCUCCGGACACAGCGUCUGUUUCGUGCACUCCCUGCACACGCCGCGGGGUCAGAGCCAAGUCUGCAGGGUCACGCGUCUGAAGUGGUCCCUGCGUUUACUGCAGUUGAGUGGCUUACACAGGUGCAGUUCUUAGGAGCGUUAAUGUGCCAGAAGUGGCCACAGCAGAUGUGGAAGCCCCUGGCAGGCGGGAGGACAGCUUUCUAGAAAAGCCGCACCUACGUAGGGGUGCACUUUGGAAGCCAGGGCCUGUCGGGGACCCUGCAGCUCCAACACUCCGAGUGCUGCUGCUUCUGCUGGCAUUGUGCCCCUUGUUGUGUUAACACCUGCAUUUGGGGACCCCGUUGAAGAUUUUAGCAAGGUUAGUGUCACCUGAAGAGCAGUGACUGCACGGCCUGGAGCCGGCCCCUCCUCCAGCCUGCAGCUGGCUCCGUCCCCACGUGGACUUGCGGGCGCGUCUCCCUCUGCCGCUCAUCCUGGGCUGCGCGCCCCGGACUCGAGGGACUCCUCCCCGGAUGUGACCGUCUUGUGGUGCCUUUGUACAGAGACCAGCCUGAGGAUGUCCCAGGAAAUGUUUCCCGAUUACUCUCUCCCUGACUGGCCUUUAAAAAAAUAAAAUAAAAAUUCCCAUUGCCCGAGCUUCAGUCCGUUUGCAGCUUGCUUUGCUUCCCAGAGAGACUGGCAAGCGGUGUGGCCGGAGCCCUCGGGUCGCCGCCCGCCCCGAGCCUCAGGACGAGGGCCGUGGAGAAGGUGCGCCCGGGGCAGCAGGGCUUGGAAGCUCUGAGACCUGCGCCUGCCCGCCGGCUGCUCUGCUGCGCCCGCAGGGAGUCGCGGGCCGGGUCCCCUUCCAGUCUUUCACAGGAUUCGCCUAAACGCCUCUCUGAGUGUGACUGUUUCUCUGUGUCAAAUGAGGCAGUCCCUGAAUGACGGUGACUGUGGCCACAGAGCCUCAGGACCGUGCCCGUGUUGGCUGGUGCUCUAAGUGCACCACUGUUUAAAUCCAGAAUGUGCAUUACCAAGAGCCUGCGGCUCACGCUAAGGGGCCUGUCCCAUCGGAGGUGUCCCCUGGGGCCGUAAAGACCACAUGGAUGGGGGAUGAGGAC